CAAAAUGGCCAAUUCAGCAGCCUUGUUGUUAGCAUUUGUUUGUGUUCUGUGGGCUACUGUGUGUAAUGGCCAGGAAGUUGGUCAUGGUUAUCGUCUUCUUUCCAUUCAGAAAAGGUCUGAUGAGAGCUUGAUAGGAAGCUUGGAGCUCAUACAGAAUACACAUACUUAUGGACCAGAUAUUCCACUUCUCCAACUUUAUGUCAAGCAUGAAACAAAGGACCGAGUGAGAGUCCAUAUAACUGAUGCAAAGAAGAAGAGAUGGGAAGUACCUUAUAAUAUGCUUCAUAGGGAACAAGUACCUAAUUUUCAGGAAAAAAAGGAAACCAAAAUCUCUAAACCAGUGUUUGACUACUUUGAGUUUUCAAGCAACGAGUUGAUCUUCUCCUACAUUGUCAAUCCAUUUGGGUUCGCAAUUAGUCGCAAAUCCAAUGGGGAUGUCCUUUUCAACUCCUCCUCUUAUGGCAACUUGGUGUUCAAAGAUCAAUAUCUAGAGAUAACCACUAGCCUUCCCACAUCAACUUCACUAUAUGGGCUUGGGGAGAACACACAAUCCAAUGGAAUUAAGAUUCUUCCCAAUCAACCAUAUACUCUUUAUGCAACUGAUAUUAGCCCUGCAGAGUUGUACACAAAUUUGUAUGGGUCCCAUCCUUUUUACAUGGAUUUAAGGAAGGGAGGUGUUGCUCAUGGAGUUCUAUUAUUGAACAGCAAUGGAAUGGAUAUUUUCUAUACCGGUAGUAUGCUGACAUACAAGGUAAUUGGGGGCGUGUUGGAUUUCUACUUCUUUGCAGGGACUUCUCCAUUGAAUGUGGUUCAACAAUACACUACCCUCAUUGGAUAUCCAGCUGCUAUGCCCUAUUGGGCUUUUGGAUUUCAUCAAUGUAAAUUUGGGUAUAAAAAUGUUGAAGAUAUAGAAUAUGUUGUAGCUAAUUAUAAGAAAUCACAAAUACCCCUAGACGUAAUGUGGACUGACGAUAACUAUAUGGAUGGAGCUAAGGACUUCACACUAGAUCCAGUCAAUUAUCCCGAAAAAAAGUUGCGUUCUUUUAUUGAUCAAAUUCAUGCUAAUGGGCAAAAAUACGUUGUCAUUGUUGAUCCAGGAAUUAAUGUGAACUCCACUUAUGCCACUUUUCAGCAAGGGAUGACCUUAGAUGUCUUCAUAAAGCAUGAUGGUGAACCCUUCGUUGGCCAAUCAUGGCCAGGAGCUGUUUACUUCCCAGACUUUUUGAACCCAAAAACAACUUCAUUUUGGGUGGAUGAGAUAUCGCGGUUCUACAAGAUGGUCCCAGUGGAUGGCCUUUGGAUUGAUCUUAAUGAGAUAUCCAACUUUUGUAGUGGAAAAUGCACCAUUCCAAAUAAUCGAACAUGUCCAGGCCCUGGUGUUGUAUUUACAUGUUGUCUUGAUUGUACUGACAUUAACAAUACACGAUGGGAUGAUCCCCCUUACAAGAUCAAUACCUCUGGAACACAUGCCCCACUUGGCUCCAAAACUAUCGCCACAAGCUCCAUCCACUAUAAUGGCAUCCUUGAAUAUGAUGCACAUAGUCUUUACGGUUUCUCAGAGGCAAUUGCUACACAUGUUGCUCUUCAAAAAAUCUUAAGAAAACGUCCCUUCAUUUUGUCAAGGUCUACAUUUGUUGGGUCAGGAUCAUACACAGCGCAUUGGACUGGUGAUAACCAUGCUUCUUGGGAGGACCUUGGCUACUCCAUCUCAACUAUAUUGAGAUUUGGUAUGUUUGGGAUGCCAAUGGUUGGGGCUGAUAUAUGUGGAUUUUUAGGGGGUACAAAUGAGGAAUUGUGUGCACGGUGGAUUCAAUUGGGAGCAUUUUAUCCCUUUAGUAGGGACCAUGCUAAUUUUGAUAGCCCACGACAGGAGCUUUAUUUAUGGGACUCAGUGGCCAAGUCAGCACGUAAGGCAUUGGGGCUGCGUUACAAAUUAUUGCCUUAUAUUUAUACAUUAAACUAUGAGGCACAUAUGAUAGGGGCCCCUAUUGCACGACCACUAUUUUUCUCUUUUCCAGAGGAUGAGGAGACAUAUGGUAUAAGUACCCAAUUUCUCAUUGGUCCAGGUGUCCUAGUUUCCCCUGUUUUGCAGAAGGAGACAACUAGAGCGACUGCUUAUUUCCCUAAAGGGAGUUGGUAUAAUUUGAAUGACAUGAAACAAGCCUUGGUUUCUAUAGGUGAGUAUGUGAAUUUAGUUGCCCCCAUGGAUACUAUUAAUGUUCAUGUUUGUGAUGGGAUGAUUCUCCCCAUGCAGCAAGGGGGAUUAACCACUAGAGAGGCUAGGAAGACUCCAUUCACUUUGGUGGUAGCAUUUUCAAAAGGCUUAAACUAUAGUGGGGCAAAGGCAAAAGGUCAACUCUUUUUAGAUAAUGGUGAAGAUGUAGAGAUGAAGUUGCAAGAGGGAAGUUCCACUUAUGUCAACUUUUUUGGUGAGUCAGAUGGAAAGAAACUGACAGUCAUUUCUGAGGUACAAAUGGGGAAAUAUGCCUUACAAGAGGGUUGGGUGGUGAAAUAUGUGGUAGUUUUAGGACCUUCCUCUUUUCCUUUAGUUUUUAAUGUUAGUUUGCCUAUUGGAAAACACUUUAAUGUGACGUGGGAUGUAAACAAUGUUUAGUCAUUUAUAAGCUAUAAUUAUAAAGCUUUAAUCCCUAUUAAUAUCAUGUUAAUGUGUCAUUUUUUAAUUUAAAA